AUGAGGGUUUUCAAAUGGAGCUCAGACUUUGAAACAGAAAAAGAAUCACCUAUUGUCCCUAUGUGGAUCUCUUUUCCUAACCUAAAAGCCCACUUUUAUGAGAAAUUAGCAUUGCUGUUAAUAGCUAAAAUCGUAGGAAAGCCGUUGUACGUUGAUGAAGCUACAGCUACACAAUUCCUACCUAGCGUGGCUCGGGUUUACGUGGAAUAUGAUUACAAAAAGGAACCGAUGAACCAAGUAUGGAUAGUAGUGAAAGAUCGAGAUUCUGGGGCUGUUACUAGAAGUUACAUACAGCGGGUUGAAUUUGCUAAGAUGUCGACGUAUUGUGAGCAUUGUUGUCAUGUGGGUCAUACGAGUUCAACGUGUUUGGUGUUGGGUAAUAGGCUAACGACUCCAGGGAAGGUGCAAGUAAGCAAAACAUUGAGAGAAGAAAAAAGAGAAAUGUUGAAGAAGGAGGCAGAACAGAAGCAAAAACAAGAAAAAGGAAAAGAAAAAGAACCGAUGCUGUUGGGUCAGCUGAAACAGAAUACGUAA